GGAUCAGCAGCCUGGCUUGGGAGGCGGGAGUAUAAAAGCCCCUCCACUUGGACGCGGCCUUCACAGAGGUCCACUGGCUCCUAGCAGAAUGGCUUCCCCUCAUCUCUUCCUCCUUUGCCUCGCUGGACUGGCAUUUAUGUCUGAGGCUGGCCCUGCGGGCCCCGGAGCAUCCAAAUGUCCUCUGAUGGUCAAAGUCCUGGAUGCUGUCCGAGGAAGCCCUGCUGUGGAUGUGGCCGUGCAAGUGUUCAGAAAGACAGCUCAGGGAACCUGGGAACCAUUUGCCUCCGGCAAGACUGCUGAAUCAGGAGAGCUGCACGGGCUCACCACAGAUGAGAAGUUUGUAGAAGGGGUGUACAGAGUCGAACUGGACACCAAGUCCUACUGGAAGGCCCUUGGCAUUUCCCCGUUCCACGAAUACGCAGAGGUGGUUUUCACAGCCAACGACUCUGGCCAUCGCCACUACACCAUCGCGGCCCUGCUCAGCCCCUACUCCUACAGCACCACAGCCGUGGUCAGCCACCCCCAGAACUGAGGGCCCAGCAGCACCAGGAUCUGGUAGAGCAGUAGUAGCCCAUUUGCACUGAAGCAGUGAUUUCACUCGAUAAACUGUGUUAGUAACGUGGCAAAGACGCCAUGAAACAUUCCUAUUAAACCACUGGGCGUUUCAUUCAAA